GUUAUGACUGACGGUAAUCGCAGUUAAAUAGUGAGUUGGAGAGAGUGCGAGCACAUGAUCACGGCUUCCCCUGUAUUAUCUCUAAAUUACCUUUAAUCGUUUGUAAAGGAGACUAUUGGACCUUUGACAGGAAACUACAGUACUAGAUCGAUGUGUGAUUGAUAUACUUAAUUUUUUAUCAACUUGCAAACAUUUACUGACAAUAUUUCUAAUGUUGGUUUGAUUUUGUGCUCAUAGAAGAUUUCCAGCCUAUUAUUAUAUACCACGGACAUACCCAAACUGCAAUUCUGGAUUUUCAAGUUCAACAACCCUACAACCUGAAAAUGUUGAAUGUUGGUGGCGUGGACGGUCUAGAACAGGACAUGUCUGGCAAAUCAGCCUUUAUGGAGCUACAGCAGCAGGCGGGUAUGCCUCCCGGAAUGGGACACCCGGCGUACCCCAUACGUUCAUCUUACCAGCAUCAUCAUGGCGGGCAACACGGCGAGAGUGUCUUCAGUAACUCUCAAGGUCGGGCCCUGUACCCCUUCCAUAUGAACGCCAUGUCCCCAUCGUCCUACCAGCCCCCCUCGGCUCACCCCUUCCCCAUGCCUCCAUACCAGAGUCCCUCGCCGACACGAGAAGAUAAGUCACAAAUGGAGGAACUCAGAAUUAACGGCAAAGGAAAGAAGAUGAGAAAACCAAGGACAAUAUACUCCAGCCUUCAGCUCCAGCAGCUGAACAGGCGCUUCCAGAGGACGCAGUAUCUGGCUCUCCCCGAGAGAGCAGAACUAGCCGCCUCACUAGGCCUUACCCAGACACAGGUGAAAAUCUGGUUCCAGAACAGGCGUUCAAAGUACAAGAAGGUGAUGAAGUCGCCAGUGAAUCCUGGGCAGGUCAAUCCAACACCCGGUCAACCCCAAGGUCAGGCGCCAGUAACCACCUCUCCAUCAACACACCCUCCACAACAGUCUUCACCUCCAGCGCCUCGACAUCCUCCACAGACGCCCACACCUCACGCGCACCCUGCGUCCCAACAAAAUGGGCAAUCACACAAUGGACAGCCAACAUCAGCUAUGUUAUCUCCUCCCUCGUCCUCUGUCAGUCCACAGCCUACGUGGACAGAAAUGGACGCUGUCAACAAUCAAACCUCUACGAACUCUUACAUGGCCAUGUCUUCUAUGUCGGCCAUGUCUUCGGGUAUGCCAGCCGGGGCCAUGUCUCACUACCACUCCUGGUACGCACAACCUCCCAUGAAUCAACAGUCAUGUCUCACAUAACGUGCUUCAAAUUACUCAUAGUUCUAUAUACGUGACUUCCGGUAUUGGUUCAGGAAUGACCAGCCAGAUCAGCGAGAGCUAGCCAGCUGAAAAGGCUCAAAAUGUUAGCGUGAUCACGUGGCUUUGUGACAUGGGCAUUCAAUGUCUCAUUUCCUUCGGAGGUUUGUCAAAGCUUGUGCUUUGGAACUGUUCAAACUUCGCCUAAAUGUCACAUGUCCAGUUAAGCAUGUUGUCAAAACACCUGGAUGUGUCUUAAAAUCACGUUUAACUCUCAUGCCAUCUACGCAUGCCCAGAACUCUCUUAAACCGCCUCAGGACCAAUUGAAAAUUCAGUGGUAUAAUUGUGUAACAUAUGUGAAUGAAUUUGUGCGCAUGCGCGGUCAGGCACUGACAAACUUUUGCCAUGUGUAAAUAUGACUAUAAUUUAUGUUUUUAAGUUAAUGUUUAAAAGUGACUAUUGUUUUUAUGUGAGUUAUGAAAAUGCUCAAAAUAGAUGGCAUAUGAUUAUAUAAUGAACAAAGCAUUUUACUAUUGUUUAUAUCUACAUGCAAUAACGGGAAACAGACAGACGAAAUAGCGAAAUCAUUUUAAUUAAAAACUAUUGUGAUUAUACUUUAAAAGUACAGCAAUGUUCUGUAUGUAUAUACCUGAACUACAGACGUGGUCGAACCUCAUUUGAUGUUCACUACAUUUUGGUACACAUGACAAAUCAUUGGUCAUGAGUGUUUCGUCUGUCUGUAACCGAUAUGAUUUAUUUAUAAUUUGAACAAAUUUCAUUUUUAUUAGUCCCAUUAAAUGUUCAUAUGUUCAAACAACAAA